AUGCAGCUACGCAACUACGAGGCGGUAAUGGUCUCCGUUGGAAAAACUCCUGGGAUCCUCGAGGAGUACGGCGUCGAAGUACACGGCAAUGUCGCUAGCUGCUACCUUGAGGCUGACUGGCAUCACGGUGCUCACCAUCACCGAUUGGACUGCCACAAUGGCAGCCGAGAGGAUGUAUAUGUUUUCACGUCGCACGACGGCCGUGCAAUUGAACGAGCAACACUAUACCUUGCUCGAAAGAGCGGGAGCAUAUGCAUGUCAACAGCGUACCGCAAGAUCCAUGAAGGGCAGAAGGUGCUCAAGUGGCCUAAAGUUUCUCCACCCGGCGAUGAUCCGGCGACGAAAGGGUUCAUAGAAGUCCGUUUUUACAAGGACGAAGCACCCGCUCAGCCCGCGGACGCAGACGCGGAGCUAUCUACGCUCAAUCCCGCUGCUCUCGCAGCAUCAUUAGAUGGAGACAGCAGUGGCUGGGUACCCACCCCCGAUGAAUGGGAUCGUCCUAGCGCGGUCUUCCGCUUUAUUUACACUGGUAAACCCGGCUACGCUAACCUAUCCGAGCAGGCCAUGGCCACCAUGGCGCGCGCAAGAACGCUCGAGCAUGUGUCACGGCCCCCAGUCGUCCUGCCCCAUGUGGCAGCAAGAGAAAACGGGAAGCAGAGACGGGCCGCGCGCAAGGGCGCCAGCAACUCUUUUGGAGAGGCGCAUGCGAGUUCUCAGCACGCGGAGCAAACUGACGGAGCCCCGGCGCAAGAAGAUGGGGGCCUCUUCCUUGAGUUUGUGCAGCUUAUGCAGGACCGAGCCAACACGGAGCACAACUGACGAUUUGAAACGAUGGAUGACCUGUAUUAUGCAAUAUGCACUACUUGGUAC